UUCAGUUAGAAACAAUAUCUUGAAGACUUUGGUUUAUUACAAAAAGAAAUCAACAACAUAAUGUGCGAUUUGUAUUAUACUCCACUGUCACCACCAUGUCGUAGUGUGUUGAUGCUUGGAAAGGCUUUGGGAAUCCGAAUGCAUUUGAAAGCCAUGGACAUGGCUGAAAAGAAAGAUCAUAUGACGCCCGAGUUUUUAAAACUUAAUCCUCAACAUACGAUUCCUACACUUGUCGAUAAUGGAUUUUCUUUGUGGGAAUCACGUGCCAUUCUUGGAUAUCUUGUUGAUAAAUAUGCAAAGAAUGACUCACUAUAUCCCAAAGACCCCAAAAAACGUGCCGUUGUUGAUCAACGAUUAUACUUUGACAUGGGAACAUUAUACAAGCGUUUAGGUGAUUACUACUUCCCUCAAAUGCGAAUGAAUCUUCCCGCUGAUCCGGAAAAUUUCAAGAAAUUGGAAGAAGCUGUUGAACUCUUGGACUUAUUUUUAUCCAAGUCCAAAUAUGUAGCUGGAGAUAAAGCCACAAUUGCUGAUUAUGCAUUAAUUUCAACUUUUUCUACGUUAGAAGCGGCUGAAUAUGAUUUUUCCCGAUUCCAUAAUAUUAUUCAAUGGUAUGAUUUGUGUAAGAAAACCCUCGCUGGCAUUGAAGCCAAUGAAGAAGGCAUAAGAUUAGUAAAGGAACGUUUGGAGAAAAUGAAAGCGAAGAAUUGAUAAUUUUUUUAAAAAUCAUCUUCAAUUAUGAUGACGAGAGUUAAGUAGAAUUAAGUACAUAAAAGGCAAAAAAUACAUUAAAUGAUUUCAUAAUUAUGAUGUAGUAUGAAAUUCUUCUUUUGUUUUAAAUAAAAUAUCAAACGUCAAAAUAAAAUUACCUAUGGAACUUUACCACAUAAUUUUAUUUUUACACAGACGAUAACAAGAAAAAAUAUUUUUAAUUUACUCAUGUGACGUUUGCAGA